GCUGUAACUCCUCUUAGUGGUUAGUCAGGAUUUAUGACAUGCGAUAUACACAUGUUUACAAUUUCAAAAUUAAUAUUUACUUUUUAUAUGGACUUGUAAAAUAUUGUUUAAAAAAAAUAAUAAUAAUGGAAACUGUAAGAGCUUGUGGAUGUAAAGGUAUAAGGACAUGUUUAAUUUGCGAACACGAGUACAACAUUAUUAAACCCAACACAUAUAAAGAGCUGCAAAAAUUACCAAGCUACCAAAAUUUUUUAGACGAACGAGAAACAAAAACCCUGAUACAAGAUCUUGACUCUUUACCUUGGGACAUAUCGCAAAGUGGAAGAAGAAAACAAAACUACGGACCCAAAUGUAAUUUUAAAAAACGAAAACUAUGCCUGGGUAUUUUUAAUGGGUUUCCAAUCAAUACAGAAUUCGUACAAAAAAAAUUAUCCCAAGUGCCAUUAUUACAAGGCUUCAGAACUAUAGAACAGUGCAGUUUAGAAUACACUCCAGAGCGUGGAGCUUCUAUUGACCCUCACAUUGACGACUGUUGGAUUUGGGGAGAGAGAAUAGUUACAGUAAACGUAAUUGGAGACUCUGUAUUAACUAUGACUCGUUAUCAAGGGUCUAAUACACGUUAUAACCUCGACUGUGUUUCUACUUAUCCCCCAGUAGUCCCUCAGAGCGAUUGCAGUGAAGAUGAUUUAGAAAAAGCGCCGGAAGAUGUUGUAAUUAGACUGCCAAUGCCUGCUAGGUCGCUGAUGGUUUUAUAUGGCGAUGCAAGAUAUAAUUGGGACCAUGCAGUUUUGCGGGAAGAUGUUACUAGUCGUAGACUCUCGGCAUAUUUAACUGGUUCCGCCUGCAAGUCAAUAACUGGAGAUGCAACAAAGGAAUCAACUUUUCCCAAAGGCUGA